AAUUAUGGAUCAAAAGGAGAUUCCAAGAAACUUGAGAGACGACAACCUAAGCGAAGAAACAAAGACUCUCAUCUCUCAACUUCAGUGCGAGAUAGAUACUCAAGGAAACAAGCUCUACAACUACCAAGAAUGUUGGUACUACUCUGCCACUCUCCAGGGUAUCCUCAAUUUCCAGAGAAAUUUCAAGCCUCAAGACUCCGAUAUUAUCAUUGCUUCAUUCCCCAAAUCAGGCGCAACUUGGCUCAAGGCUCUCACAGUUUCCCUCUUCGAGAGAUCCAAACACUACCCUUCUUCUUACGUUGAUCAUCCUUUGUUAUCCAAUAAUCCACAUGCGCUGGUACAGUCCCUAGAAGCUAAUCUCUAUCUCAAUAGCCAAACACCGGACUUGACGACGAACUUGUCAUCGCCGAGGAUGUUCUCCACUCACAUGCCGUUUCUUUCGCUGCAAGAAACAAUCAAAGACUCACCUUGCAAGAUCGUCUAUCUGUGUAGAGAUGUGAAGGACGCGUUAGUGUCUCGUUGGUUUUUUAGAUGCAGUUAUCUUGGAAAAGAAGUAGAUAGACACGUUCUUGAAUCUAUGUUUGAGUCGUUUUGCAGCGGAGUUAGCUUUUAUGGUCCCUUCUGGGACCAUGUCUUGAGCUAUUGGAGAGGCGGUUUGGAAGAACCUAGUCGUGUCCUUUUCAUGAGGUACGAGGAAAUGAAAGAAGACCCUUGUGGUCAGCUCAAGAGACUUGCUGAGUUCUUAGGUUGUCCUUUCACUAAGGAAGAAGAAGAGAGUGGAUCUGUGGACAAGAUCUUGGAGCUGUGCUCUCUGCGUAGUCUCAGCGACUUGGAGAUCAACAAGACUGGGAAAACGUCUAAUGGCGUGGAUUACAAGUUCUUUUUCCGAAAAGGAGAAGUUGGAGACUAUAAUAAUUAUUUCACUCCUGAAAUGGAGAGCAAGAUCGACACAAUUGUCCAGGAAAAACUUGAAGGUUCGGGCUUGAAAUUUUAA